AUGGCCAUUGCUCCCAUCGCUGCAGAGCCAGCUGCUAACACCGAAGCUGCCGAAAAACCGGACAAGACCGAGCCGCUCGCUGAGGUCCCAGAGCCUGAAGAACCGAUUUCGACUUAUGAGUUUGUCUGGCGUUGCGAUCAUAACCUAGUCUUCGUACCGCAAGAAACAACGCAAAAGGAUUGGAGAUCUGACUCGAAAGAGCUUGUUCAAUUUUCUAUACUUAUAAAAGAAACUUCAACACAAAGCAUCGACAGCAGCAGCGAAGAAACCGACGACUGUGACACUUACAUACCCACGCACAGAGCCGAAGUCCGCCUUCUCAGGAAUAAUGAAAAAAGAGUGACGGUUGAUUGUCGCUUCAAUGAAAGUUACAAAGUGCUCGCGGGCGUAAGGUUCAUCAGGAGCAAGUCGACAAACGCAGACGGUACCAGCUGGCCAUUCUUCGAAGACUCGAGGAGACUUGAAGACUUGGCCCUACGUCUGAGCGAUGAACGAGAUGAGAAGGGUUAUUACUACAUUGAAUUCGUAGAACAUGAAAAGUCGUUGAUGAUGAUGAGAACUCCGGAGCCCUACGAGAUCGAGGAGACUCCUGAGGUUGACGACGUUACUGAGAUUGAGGAUGACACCGAUUUUGAUGAUCUCACUAAUAUUGAAGAGGGUUCCGAGAUUCUUGAGACUCCCGAGCUUGAAGACGUUUGGGGGUUUAUGGUCUUGUUUAGUAAUGACAUGUGGUAG